AUGGGCGCAUGUGGUGGCAAACCUGCUGCCAAGCAGCAGGAAAGUCGGGAACUCCGUUUCCACGACGGACUUCAUUACAGCCCACUGGAAUCCAACGUCCAUAGAGGAUUUCUGAGCCUUGGAUCGAAUGAGCUUGAUUCUCCAUUCGAUUUCGAGUCUCAGUUGUCGGUCGACGAGGACACACAGGACAUAGUCCAGUUUUCGGCCCCGAUCUUUGUGGCGGAGGAAGGCGAAACGUUCAGUGUUAAGCUGAUGCGACUGGGGUCCCUCGCUGGAACCGUCAGCUGCUAUUUCCAAACGGAAGCAGGCUCUGGCAAACCUGGAGUUCGCUAUGUUCACACAGAGGGGGAGGUCGUGUUCGGAGACGGGCAAUUCGAGGAAAGCAUCGACAUUCAGAUCAUAGAUUCGCCGGAUUGGUCAGCGACCCUUGAGUUCAAGGUCGUACUAAGCAAUGCCAGGGGGUGUUCCUUGGGGAAAUAUCUGAAGGUGUGUCGCGUCAAGGUCUUGGACUCAGACCCUUUUCCAAACAGCGACUAUGCUGAGCCUGUGAAGGCGGGCCUGGAUGCUAUCAAGGAAAUUAACCCAGUACCACUCUUUGUGGACUUUUGCAGGCUGAUGCUUAAGAUACCUGGAAACUCCAGGCGAUUUGCGGUGAUCUUGCUCUGCGACCAACUUAAGAAUGCGUAUCUUUGGUUUCAGCUAAAAGCUUCCGUGUACACGGUGAACGUGAUCUUCGGUGGAGAAGACGCUGCGGACCAGCUCAUCAUCCCGGGAGACGCUGUGACCACUGCUAAGCUUCUCGGCUUGAUGUACAUAGGCCUUCCCCUGCUCUUGCACCUUUACAAAGAAGCCAAGACGCGAAUGGACAUUGCAGGCCAUUGUAAUUUCUAUUUGCAGACUAGCUUGAUGCGGAAAUAUAUGAAUUUCAACGACGACUCUAGAGCAGCGGUCUCGCUUGACGCAGUUCAGAAGGUUGUGACCGAGCAAGCGCUGGAUGUCUCAAACAGCCUGGACAACGUGUCGUCCAUGCUAGAGACACUCGGUCGGCUGGUCAUGUUGAACUAUUUCGCAGUUUCCAGUGAUCCAGGCAUGCUGUGGGCCGUUGUCACAAUGCCUGUGGUCAUGACUUUCUGGGUGCUCCUACGCCAUAGGUGGUUGACAAAGCCUGAGAAGGACCGUCCCUACAAGAAGCGAGUCAUUCAGCUGGUGUGUUCCAUCAGCGAGUACUACUCGCUCAUUGCUGCCUACUUCCAACGGCCUGCCAUGAACGAGAAGUUCGCUGCGAGCGUGGCUAAGCUCGGGGAGGUACAAGAGCCUCUGGGAAUCUACCACAUGCGCACCGAGUUCUUUUUUUCUUGGCUCGGGCCAUUCUUCUCCGGCUUUUACUUGUGCUUUUAUGCUCAACAAGUGAUGGAUGAUCAGCUAUCGCUGGGAACGUUUCUAGCAACCAUCUCAGUCUUCAAGGAGGUUUCCUCGAAUUUUGCGGAUGGAUAUUCGGUGAUGAUGAGUGUGAUCUCCAAGUUCGAGCCUUUAACUGAUAUUACUCUUUUCUUGAAUCGGCAAACCGAUGUCCGCGACUUGAAAGAGAUGGUGAACAGGCGGCUCAAGGAGACCAGCGAACAGCGGAGUCGGUUGAUGCAGCUUUCGAUGCCAAUCCCUCCCGGUAAGGUGCGGACUGACUUACUUCCAAUUCGCUUGGAGAACGUAUCUUUCAAGCUUGGGAUGGACAAAGAGCUGUUCAAAAAUGUAGACAUAUUUGUCGAGCAGGGCAAGCUAAUCGCUGUGGAAGGCACUCAUGGAUCCGGCAAGACGAAGCUGAUCAGAAUCUUGGCUGGUGGGAUUUCUCCGACUAGUGGCGUCGUGACUAUGCCCUCGCAUUUGCGGUGCGUGCUGGUUACGCAUAAUGUCGUGUUGAUGAAUACGUCUCCUUUGCAGAACCUCUUCUUUGGUGAUCCUCUCGCCUUAGCACAGACAGAAGAUCGGCAGCGUGUGAUGUCGAUUCUGGAGAAGCUGGGGAUGAACAGGACCCGAGAGCUUGCUGAGAAAGAGAUGGAAAUCUUACAAGAGCCUUUGUCGGAUGGGGAGGAGGUCGACGCAGACGCUGGCCAUUGCGGCACGGCUGGGAAGGAAAAAACCAAGCCUACCCGUUCGCCAUGGAUUCCACCAGACGAUAGUAAGCGAGCGGCGAAUGUGAGGUCCGCCCUGCGUGGUUGGCAGGGUACUCUGUCCUUCCAGGAGAAGGCGAAGCUGCACAUUGCACGCGCCCUGGUGGUGAAUCCUGAAAUCCUGAUUCUUGAGAAGCCACUGAUGAACUUCGAUGAUAAAGAAUACCGACUGGUUCAAAAGAGUCUCAGGGAGUAUGUCUACAAUCGAGGUGUCGCCCUUCCUGCCGAGUCCCGCGAAAGCCGGAGGCCCCGGACCUGCUUCUACAGUGCCGAGAGGGAGGAUACCAGUCAGACUGACGUCGUUUGGAAAUGUGACGGCGGCAGUGUGGUUGCAGAGAAACCUCCGACACAAGUUCGAGAACCCCGAACCAGCGGAAAGGACCUGCCGUCUCCAAAAUCGUCAUUGACUCAGGACAUCCAGAUGACCGCAGUUUAG